CCGGACUCGAGAGGCGAGGCCGUGAAGCAGCACCCCCAGCACACGCACGCACCUCGCCUUCUCCUCACCCCACUGUUCUCUUCUCAUCACUUUAUCCCCAUGCCGCCUCCACCACCCCAGCUGGGUGCCCCCAGAGGGCGGGGACCUUCGUCCACCGGCGGGGCCUGACACACAGUCAGCCUCGGAAACAUUCCAAGAAGGACCAGAGCUACGAGCACCCCAGGAGGUAGUGCUGGGGGAUCCCCACCCUAGAGCUGAGGACCUGGAGGCUGAGAGCUUAAGUGACUUGCCCAAGGUCACGCCAGCCAACCAUGUUAGACCCCACAAUCCAAGUUCUUGACCCCUGACUGGGUGGCCUUGGGUUUCCCCGACCCUGUGGCCCAGGGCAGGUGGACGCGUGUUGGGGCAGUGGGAGUAGACUGGGCGCUCUGGCAGCCCCAGACCCUCCGGCCAGGAGGCAGCACCCGAGUUCCCCAGCCAGCGGCUUCCUUGCCUCGCCUCCUCUUGGACUGGCGGGCACCCCACUCCAACAGUGGACACCCUGCUUAUCUGUGGGAGGGGAGUCCGAGCAGAAAGGCACUGCCAUGGCCUGAGGAAACAGCCCCAGAGACAUGGAUUUGCUUCCCUGCUCUCCCACUGAAGCUGUGUGACUAUGGGCAAGUGACUUCACUCCUCUGAGCCACCCUUUGCUGACCCAGGGUCUGCGGGCUGGUGGUCUCCCCAUGACGCAACUCAGCUAGGGUGCAGUGCCCCAGAGGGCUUCUGCGCCUGACCCACGAGGCAGGUCAGCCCCUCCAGUCUCCUGUCUCUGAGCAGGGCCACCUGGAAAACCUCAGAGGACAGCUCCAGCCUCAUUCCAAGUGUGUCCCCUUCGGAAGGUGCUGGCCCAGCCAGACUCCAGUGUAAAGCCUCAGAAAAGCAGGUCUGCCCCAAAGAAAUAAGUGGGUGUUUUGUGCCUGGAAUUGGGUAAGGUCUGUUUCCAGGGUUAGAGUGAGCCCCGUGCCCUCCCUGGUCCCCCGGGAGCCCCCCACCCCAACUCCAGGCCUGGGCUGAAUGCACUGUGCUCCUCAGGCUUAGGAAGGAGGGAGGAACUUCCAGUUUCCAAGGAGGCUAAGGACCAGGGAGAUGGGGAAAGGAUCAGGUGAUGGUGGGUGGGCUGGGGCCCCUAAGAGGGCCAGUGGUUGGCCCUCCGCACCCCCACCGCUGGGACGGGACACGGGACAGAAAGCUGCAGCUUUGGGUGUGGAGGGAGGGGCUGCAGCAGCCCUGGACACAGCUGUGUGCGCGUGUGAGUGUGAGAUGCCCGCACGGCUCCUCCCCAUCUCACACUUGGUGCCUGAGGGGCUGCGUCUGCCCGGGCAGGAUGGGAAACGUGCCCUUCCCCUCUCCUCCCCGCAGCUCUCCUUUCUCUCCUUUGCUUUGUCUUUCUCGCCCUUCUCUGUUCCUGCCUCUGUCCCCGGCCACCCCCCAUCCUCCGUACCUUCCCUCUCCUUUUCUCCGUGUUUCGUGGUCUUUGCCUUCUCCCUCCCCACUGCCCGCCAUCCUGGCCGAUGCUGGCCCCUGGAUGUGACUGUGAAGUUGAAAGGUGGCUUCACUGGAAGCCCCCCUCCCCACCCCCUUACCUGGAAGUGAUGUCAUGUGGCUUUAGUGCCGGUUGCACAUCUAACUUUGCUGUAGUUAGACAUAAAAGAUACAAUAGGUAAAGGAUAUGACAUGAAAAUGAUCAGGGUGCAAUAGCCCAGAAAAGCAGGAGGGCAGCCAGGAUAGGAGGGGGCGCCAGGAAGACUCAAGGGGAUGGUGCAGGUGCAGCGUUCUUUUUCUGGCUCCUGGCUGCUCACUGAAAGUGAAUCGGUGCAGGCACCUCCACCCUGGCCUGAGCCUGGGGUUAAAGGUCAUGGGCAGGCAGAGACAGGGUCCCCUCCCGGGCUCUUGGUGCUAAGAGAGUCAGUUCCAAAGCACCCCAGCCCUCCUCCUCGAGCGGGAGCACACCUGGGGCUCGUCCUUGCUGCCCAGGGCUCUGUUGGGUACCUGCUGUCUGUGGGUGCCUGUCGGUGUGGCCAAGGACAAGGAGGGGAGCAGAAGUGGUCAGACCCCGCUGUCCUCCCAAGCUCCCUCCUGAGCAGCAGGCUUGUUGAGCUUUGGAUCCAAGCCUGGCUGGCGUCCGGCUGGGCGCCGCCUCCUCCAUUCUGUCCCCAUCUACUCCUCACAUGAUCCCAGGUUUGCAGAUGAGGAAGGGGAGGCUCAGAGGGUUGAGGCAGCUGGCCCAAAGUCACACAGGAUUUGGACCCAGGACUCUGUGACCCCAAGUCAGUGAUGACAAGCAGGCUGGUGAGAGAAGCCAGCCAGGGUGGGACACAGAGGUGACUUUCUCAUUGGUCCCAGGAGAGACCGAGGGAGCUGAGUCCUGGGGGACCUCGCCAGAGGCAUUUAGCCAUUCUUUCUUGGAAUCAUGGGGCCAUGAUAUGUUAAUUCCACAUUAAUUGAACACCAGCUGUGUCCUGGGCUCUCAUGGGAAAUAGUGUGUUCCCUGCCCUUGAGGACAGUCACCUAAGGGGGGUCCACUCCUCUCUUCCACUACUGGAUGUGGAAGAGGGGUCCCAGGAAAGACCAGAACCUGGCUGGGCUGGACGGUGGGGAGGUGGUCCUCAGCCCCCAGGGCAGUUGUCCUCCUUCCCCACACCCUGUCUGCAUCAGCGCACUGUCUGACUGAGUUCUGGUUUUCAUGAUCUGCAAGGGGUUGGGGGGUUCAGGAAGAGGCUGGGGUCUGUUUGGGCUGAGUGAGGCAGGGUCCCCUGCAGCAGGUCCCUGGCCUCAUCAGUUCUGGCCAUCCAGCUUGCAGCCACCUUCAUGAACUACAGAUCUCCUGCCCUAGAACCUGCUAUAGCUCCCCACUACCCACAGGGUGGGGUUUGAAUUCCUGAGCCUGGCGUCUAAGGCUGAUCCCAAACUGGAUCCAGCCUGCCCUUCUGGUAAGGGCUGAGGUCCACCUGUGGGCCCCCGCUGCCUGCCUUCCUUUGUGUCUUUGCAGUCUCUGUUUCUGCUGCUGUCACUGCCCUUCUCUUUGAUGGCGCCCUCUCAGGUGGCCCUCCCUUCCCUCUGGCACUUUGUGCAAGCUGGUUACAGGUCCAUCCCCUGACUUCCACCCCCUGGGGCAGGCCCCAGCCCAGAACACCAGGAUCCUCCGUGCUUGCUGAGUGAAUGACAACAAUGUAAGCUCCCUGAGGGCAGUCAAAGAUGUCAUCAUUUUCUUCCGGGCUGGCUCCCAGUGCCCAGGACAUUGCCCAGCAUUGCUGCUCACAUAGCAGCUGCUCAGGAAGCCAGCGAAUGAAUGGCCUGUGGGGGGCACUCUGUGGCUUGCCUGCCUCGAAAGCAGCCCUUCCCCCCCUGCCCUUUGCAGCCUCCUCUCCCGUGGAGCUGAAAGCUCGGCACCCUGGGGGCCAUGCAGAAGGCGGGGGCUGGGGGCCGCAGGGCCUCUGACUGCGGGCUGGCCCCUCACCGGCCCAGGUGCAUCACCAAGUUUGCCCAGUACGUGGGCUCCUUCCCUGUGGAUGACCUGGAUGCCCAGGAGAGCGUGUGGCUCGUGCAGCAGCAGCUGUGGGCGCUGAAGGACUGUCCCCGACGCCGGGCCGUCAUCCUGAAAUUCAGCCUUCAGGGUCUCAAGAUCUACAGCGGGGAGGGUGAGGUGCUGCUGAUGGCUCACGCCCUGAGGCGCAUACUCUACUCCACCUGGUGCCCCGCCGACUGCCAGUUUGCCUUCACGGCUCGAAACCCACGGAGCCCAGCCAGCAAGCUCUUCUGCCACCUCUUUGUGGGCAGCCAGCCAGGAGAGGUCCAGAUCCUGCACCUGCUGCUGUGCCGCUCUUUCCAGCUGGCUUACCUCUUGCAGCACCCUGAGGAGCGGGCACAGCCAGAGCCCUGCCCAGGGCCCACAGGGGAGGUGCCCCUAAAGCCACUGUCCAGCUCUGGGGGCCUGGUGCGGGAGCCCUUCGGCCGUGAUCAACUCUCUCAGAACGUCCAUGCCCUGGUCUCCUUCCGGCGGCUGCCAGCGGAGGGGCUGGUGGGCAGUGGGAAGGAGCUGCCAGAGUCGGAAGGCCGUGCCCGCCAUGCCCGCCUGGGAAAUCCCUACUGCUCGCCCACACUGGUGCGAAAGAAGGCCAUUCGCAGCAAGGUGAUCCGCUCGGGGGCCUACCGUGGCUGCACCUAUGAGACCCAGCUGCAGCUGUCGGCUCGGGAGGCCUUUCCUGCCGCAUGGGAGGCAUGGCCCCGGGGUCCUGGUGGCCACUCGUGCCUGGUGGAGAGCGAGGGCAGCCUGACGGAGAACAUCUGGGCCUUCGCUGGCAUCUCCAGGCCCUGUGCCCUGGCCCUGUUGCGGAGAGACGUGCUGGGGGCCUUCCUGCUGUGGCCUGAGCUGGGUGCUAGCGGCCAGUGGUGUCUCUCUGUGCGCACGCAGUGCGGCGUGGUGCCCCACCAGGUCUUCCGGAACCACCUGGGCCGCUACUGCUUGGAGCACCUGCCGGCAGAGUUCCCCAGCCUGGAGGCUCUGGUGGAGAACCACGCGGUUACUGAACGCAGCCUCUUCUGUCCCCUCGACAUGGGCCGCCUGAACCCCACCUACGAGGAGCAGGACUGUGGGCCCCCGGGCAGGCAGCCCCGGACUCUCCGGCCCCUCAGCCAUGCCAAGUCCGAGGCAGAGCUGCAGGGCCUGGGCUAAGAGGUAGGGCCCCGGUCCCACAGGCCCCGCCUCACCCCGGCUCCUGGGCCCCAGCAGCGUCUCUGCCCGUCCUGCACCCCUCUGGUCGCCAGUUCCAUCCAGUCACCCUGCCCUUGGAGCAGUCUUCCAUCGCGUCACUGUCCGUGGGAGGGGAGCCCUGAGGGUGGGUGUCGCCAAUGGCUUCUUGGAGAACAUGUGGCCCGCUGAGAUUCCAGGAGGGCAGGUGGAGUUGCAGGCUUCGGAUAACCCUUUGGGUGGCUUCGGAUGACCUGCUGGGUGGCUUCAGAUGCUUUGGGACUUCUGGGCUUCCGCUGUACUCCUGGGGCAGGAGCUUGUUCACGGCGAGGCUGCGGCCCUCUCCUAAGGAGGCCAGGCCUUGGGGCCCUGACUGGGAGUCUCCAGAAAGAGGGGUUUGGGGAGGCAGGAGUGAGUUUUUACUCUGGGCGAAGACCUGGAGUGAGCCACCCUGUCUGUGACAGCAGAGACGACUCCAUGGAGUCGUGGGCAGGAGGCUGGGGCUGAGCCCCAUCUAGGCUGACAGAGCAGGGCUGUUUCUCACAUGUAUCUGAGAGCGAAGGAGGGGUGGGAAGGUGCAGAGAGGGCAGGAGGGACAGAGAGCUGUGCCUAACGCUCAUGCACGGUGGACUCCGGUGUGCAGAAAGGGAUGCGCACCAGCAGACAGGGCCAAGAAUCUCCAUGCCGUCUCCACUCAAAACCUCAGGGCUAUGACUCCCAGUUUCUCAGAAGGAAUGCGCAGGCUCACCCCUUCUCCCUAGCAAUCACCAGGGCACCCCCACCCCCAGCUCAUCUCCUUUAGCCAUUUGACAGGGAGGGGCCUGCUGCAGUGAGCUGCAGGCUUAGAGGGGUGACCAGGGCCCUCCCUAUCUCGACCGCACGUGGUUUGGUGGCUGCCUUGGGAGGGAGGCUGUCCGAUGCUGACAUUCCCCUUAGCAUGGCGCUGACCAUGGCUGUCAGGGGCCACCUUGCCUCACCAGGCCAGCCCCACUGGAUAUGGGGUCAGUCACAGCAGAACCGUCGAAAGGUGGACCUGAUGUGGGCCCUGCUGGGGGAGCUUGGCCUCAGCGGGCCGUGGGAGACCCAGGGAAACGACUCUUAGUGUGAGGCAGUGGUCCUGCCAGUGACUGACAAACCCAGGUAUCCCUCUUUGUAAGCAAACGUGACAAAUAUGAAUCUACUGAACUCAGUUAUAGAACAAGUUCAUUUUGCGUGAACUUCUCUUAUUGAAGCAGAAGCCGCGUCAGGAGCCUGGGGGCUGCCCUCUCCCCAUCUGGGAGUGGGACAGAACUGUUCAGUGCCUUGAAAGUCACAGAUUUCUGACUCCUGGAAGGAAGUGGGCAGUCCCACCAGAGCAGAAAGAAAGGAGGAAACUUGGGGAGUGAGAAGCCAGCUUCCCAGAGGCCCAGGCCUCAUGUUUCCCACCUCCAACCCUCCAGUGAGGAGAGGGGCUUGGCUUGGGACCUUGUAACUUCCUUGCAAGUUAAGUGAGCUAUCCUGUCACAAAAGGUAGAAGGAACUGCCCUUUGGGACUUCUUUUCACUGGAAAGCCAGCACUGGUUUUAUGUUGAGUGAGUGGGAAGCUGGGACUCUGUUUUACAGCCAUCUGUACUGGAGCCCGGACAAACCACUGGUCUCCAUGGGAGGCCCCAGCCUCACAUUUCCCUGGCGAGGAGAGAGAGGUUUAGCGAUGUCCUGGGCCUAGGAUUACAGCCCAGAGAUGGGCACUUAAGAAGACCUGGUCAUGCCGGGCGCCGUGGCUCACGCUUGUAAUCCCAGCACUUUGGGAGGCCGAGGCGGGCGGAUCACGAGGUCAGGAGAUCGAGACCACGGUGAAACCCCGUCUCUACUAAAAAUACAAAGAAAAUUAGCCGGGCGUGGUGGCGGGCGCCUGUAGUCCCAGCUACUCGGAGAGGCUGAGGCAGGAGAAUGGCGUGAACCCGGGAGGCGGAGCUUGCAGUGAGCCGAGAUCGCGCCACCGCACUCCAGCCUGGGUGACAGAGUGAGACUCUGUCUCAAAAAAAAAAAAAAAAAAAGAAGAAGACCUGGUCAUUGGUCCAGACUUGGGCCAAGGCUCUCCUCUGUGAGGGAUGGGUUUUACUGGUGAAUUACCUAUGUGGAGAAGCUAUCAGGGCCAUGUUUAGCAUACUGAAGGGACCAGUCUCCACCAAGCACUUAAACAUCCCUCCAGCCAGCAUUGAUUGAUCUCGUGUUACAGAGAGGGCAAGGUUUUUGGGCUCUGUUUGCAGACUCCAUGUCUUAAUCAGAGACCACAGUUUUCUCUUUGUUCCAAUCAGCGCCACCUCGGUAGCCCCGCUUUCCUUGCUGUGUGGACUUGAAACAAAAUAAAAUGUGUUUCUUCA